AUGUCCCUCCGCCCUGCAGCUGACAUCCCACUCCUGAUCACCUCUCCAAACGCAUCCUCAGAGCGGCGCAUUACUCCCUCUUGGAGCAUAGCCCAGCUCAAAACUCGCCUUGAACCGAUUACUGGUAUUCCGGCAACCGCCCAGAAGCUCACCCUUCGGCUCGGCUCGCAGCAUGCUGCGGCUAUCGAGGCUGCCAAUGAGGAGGACGUGCAACUGUCAACGUUCCCCUUGCAGCCGUAUGCAGAAAUCUAUGUCCAAGACACGCGCCCCGCAGCCGCCCGCACCGAUUUCACCGAUGUAUCCUUGGUCGAGAAAUACAGCAUGCCAGCCGAGGAGUACGAGGCUCGCAACGACAGCGUGCUAGCCUGGAAGAAGGCGCAAAAGCUCGGCCGGUUCGACCCCAAUGCGCCGAGCAUCGAGGAGCAGAAGGUUCGCGCGCUGGAGCGGGAGGUUGAGGAGAGAGGCAUCGCCCUCAACAAGCGCUGCCGCCUCCUCCCAGCAACCGAUGACCGGCGCGGCACGAUCCGCUUCAUCGGCCCCGUGCCGCAGAUCCCAGGUCUUCCUGGGCAGCCAUGGAUAGGCAUCGCGCUCGACGAGCCCACGGGCAAGAACGAUGGCAGUGUAGCUGGAGUCAGGCACUUCGAGUGCAGCCCCAACUGUGGCGUCUUUGUGCGGCCGGAGCGGGUCGAGGUUGGGGACUUUCCGGUACUGGAUGAUUUGGCGGAGGAAAUGGAGGAGAUUUGA